AAAAGGCAGAGCACUAGAGAGUCCAGACACUUGGAGCUGAACUUGAUUUUCAAGGCUGAGUUCAUCCACUUAGCCACAGUCUCUGGGAAGCAGCGUAGAGGAAUCCUGUCACCUGGACACGGCAGCUACAAAGUCCAUCUGCUUAAAAGAUAGAGAAAACUCUCAGAAACAUGAUUUGCUUGCAGUUCCUGUCUCUUCUUACCUAUGGACUUACAGUGCUGCAGGGGGUGAAUGGGUGGACAUACCAUUAUUCAGACACAAACAUGACCUACAGGGAAGCAGAGCUGUGGUGCAGAAAGAAGUAUACUAACCUGGUUGCCAUCCAGAACAAGGAGGAAAUCAAGCAUCUCAAUGCCUUCUUACCCUUCAAUCCGGGUUACUACUGGAUUGGAAUCAGAAAAAUUAAUGGUGUGUGGACCUGGACUGGAACUAACAAAGAACUGACAGAAGAAGCAAGAAACUGGGCUUCAGGGGAGCCAAAUGGCAAAGGGAACAAUGAGGACUGCGUUGAGAUCUACAUCAAAAGAGGGAAGGAUGAUGGCAAAUGGAACGAUGAGCAGUGUGAGAAGAAGAAAGUCGCCUUGUGCUACACAGCUUCUUGCAACCCAUCUCUCUGCAGUGGCCAUGGAGAAUGCAUAGAGACUAUCAACAACCACACCUGCCAUUGCAACCCUGGCUUCUAUGGCCCUGAAUGCGAGUUUGUUAAGAGUUGUGAUCCACAAAAGAAACCUGACCAUGGGAGCCUUGAGUGCCACCAUCCCUUGGGGGACUUCAGCUACAAUUCCUCCUGCAAAGUUCAGUGUGAGGAGGGCUAUGAGCUGACUGCACUGGAGUCUGUCCACUGUACCUCUUCUGGGAUCUGGUCUGCACCCCUUGCAGCAUGCAAAGCUGUGACCUGUCCUGCCUUGGAAAUUCCUGUCCACGGGGCUGUGAACUGCUCCCAUCCCUCUGUGCAGCUCACCUGGGGAACCACGUGUGAGUUCACCUGUGAGGAAGGAUUCACCCUGACAGGGCCAGCUACACUGCAGUGUGGCUCUUCAGGGGCCUGGGACAGGCAGCAGCCAACGUGUGCAGCUGUGCGGUGUGAGGCUGUCCCGCGGCCGGCAGAAGGCUCCGUGAGCUGCGACCGCGCUCCCGCAGAGCUCACCUCCGGCUCACGCUGUGAUUUCCAGUGCCCUGAGGGAUAUGUCCUGGAGGGCUCGCCCAGCACAGAGUGCACGGCGCAGGGACAGUGGUCAGAGCCGGUGCCCAAAUGCAAAGUCAUUCAGUGUGAACCACUGAGCUCUCCUGAGAAAGGCUCCAUGGAUUGCUCCCACGGGGCUGGGAUGUUCACCUAUAACACCUCCUGCCACUUCAGCUGCCUUGAAGGAUGGGGUCUCAAUGGCUCUCGUGUUCUUGAGUGCAGCCACUCAGGAAACUGGAGUGCCAGCCUGCCCACAUGUGAAGCCUCUGACCAAGCCAGCUACAUCUCUGUGGCCAUAGCAGCCACUUCUGCCUCUCUGCUGUCCACAGCAUCGUUCCUCCUUUGGCUUGCAAGGCGCUUCCGGAGAAAAGCAAAGAAGUUUAUUCCUUUCAGGAACUGGCAGGAAACAGCCAGUGAAGGUAGUUUCCUAAGUGCUGGCGAGAAUGUCUAACUCAGGUGUUUCAGGAAUUGCAGCCAUCUUCACUUACAUCUCAGAUUUCUGGAGAAUGAAACUGCCUGCAAAUCAGCAGCUGUCCAGAUGUUUUUACCUUUUGCUGACAAGAUGAGUGACCUUGUGUAUGAUUCUGGAAUCUUGAACUCAAGCUGUCAGGUAUUUCCAUUGAAGACAAACAGAGAACUUUGGCCUUGUGGCCAAAUCCUGCCUACAUUCAGCCAUGUAGUUAUCCUGAACUGGGAGCUUGCCAUCUCCUGUUGGGGUGGUGAGUAAACAGUGCACUGCUGCCUAAAGAGGAGGCUGGUUCCUCCUCUGCUCCACUCAAAGGUACUGAGGUGAGGUGAAGAUAUGCAUUAUUUCACAUCACUUACUACACUGCUGCAGGAGUCACAGGGGUUAUGCUUACAGAAACAGAAGAAUCAGGAUGGAAAAAUAUUCACUGAACAGCUUUGAAACUAUUGAUCUGGUUUGUGGAAGUCAGUUUAUUUUCAGAUGUCCCAGUCAAUAGAUAUGCCUGCAGUGAUAUGGGCAAUUAUUUGGAUUUCUGCUGCAUAUCCCAGAAAACUUAGAUGCCUUUUAAAAAAAAUAUAUAACAGCACUAAGAACCAUGGUGCUUACACAGGGUACUCUGGACUCUGAACACAGCGGGUAGAUCUGAAAUUAUCUCAUCCCUGUGGGAUUCUGCACUGUAAUAUGUGUAUAUACAUACAUAUUUAUUUGAGCAGCUUUUACUGUGGAUAUUUCUGUGCUCUUAACUGUACAUGUAUUGUAAAAUACUUGUUCUUGAGUAGGUCUGUGGCUGUUGAUCAGAGUUUAUUUGAAAUGAAAUUGGAAGUGUUUGUAAGGAUUGCAUGCCUGCAUAAUGUUCACUAAUGAAAUGGAAGACUGAGAUUUGUGUGUUUAUGUAUUGAAAGUAUGAUUUUUUUUUAGCUGGUAAAAGUCUUAAAAUGAGAUUAUCUUUUAAUUUAUGUUUAAGUUAUGAUUAUAAAUUAAAAAUCUCUCAUUUAACCUGAUAUGUACUGUCCUAUUUUUAACAUUUUUAAUAAAAUAUUUUCAGUUUAACACUCCCUAUUUGUAAAUGUUAAUAAUUUAAAUUAUUUGGGUCUGCCCUGUGACUUGUGGCUUCAACAGAAGAAUGUGAGGGUAGGGAGAAGACUGGCUAAAAGCAAGGCUGUCCAUUACUGGAGAAUCACAGAAUCUCUGGGUUGGAAGAGACCUUUAAGAUCAUCAAGUCUGACCCAUGCUCUAACACCACCUCAAUUAAACCACGGCACUGAGUGCCACAACCAAUCCUUUUUUAAACACAUCCAGGGAUGGUGACUCCACCACCUCCCGGGGCAGACGAUUCCAGUACUUUAUCAUUCUUUCAAUAAAAAAAAAACUUCUUCCUAAGAUCCAACCUGAACUUCCCUUGGAGCUUCCCGCAUUUCCAUAGCAGCCGAGGACAGAGCAGCCAGCAGAUGGGGCUGACUGCCUGGGACUGGCACAGCCAGAGCCGAUCCCGAACCAGCAUCCCCAGUCUGAAGGGGAGGAGGAAGGACCAGUGGCGUCUCCCAGGGGCUCGGGCCAGCAGCGAGCUCCGGUAGGCAAGUGCAGGAGGAAGAGAAGAGCAGGAAGAGAAACAAGCAGGUGAUCUUGGUGCAUAACUAACGGCACAAACCCCAGGUGUUUGCAGCCCUUUCUGCUGGGAAGUUGAAAGAGUUUGCAGGGGUCUAUAGCUGAAAGCACAGCUCUCACUGCUGCCUUGGGACUUCCAUCCCACCCUGGC